GUCAGGUCCAAUUUUUUCCACUUUGUCAAACAAGCCGAGGUGACUCCCACACUAUCCCACUUCCCGGUUGGUGUGGGUAAAGACGGUUCAGAGCGUGCGGGGCUCCGAGCAGCCGCAGGGGGGCUUGGUUUGAGCGGCGCUGGUGCUCUGACAGUAAAACUCAGUGAGUAGUUCGGUGGCUCCGGGCUUGGGGGAUGGCGGCGGUGAAGGCGCUCCAGCAGUGGUGUAAGAUUCAGUGCGACGGCUACCGGGAUGUUUCCAUCACCAACAUGACCACGUCCUUCAGGGACGGCCUGGCCUUCUGCGCCCUCAUACACAAACACAGACCCGACCUCAUAAAUUUUGAUUCACUGAAGAAGGAAGAUGUCUAUGACAACAACAAACUGGCGUUCCGGGUUGCAGAGGAGGAGCUUGGGAUUCCGGCCUUGUUGGAUGCAGAGGACAUGGUGGCUCUGAAGAUUCCUGACCGCCUCAGUAUCCUCACAUAUGUCUCCCAGUACUACAACUACUUCCAUGGACGCUCCCCCAUUGGUGGUAUGGCAGGUAUUAAGCGCCCAGCAGAUGGAUCUACAGAUGAGCCAUCUGGGAAGAAGAACCAGCCUGUGGUGUCGAAGAUGUUCCCGUCUUCCAGACCUGCCAUGGACAGCCACCUGCAGCCCUCUUCCCAGAUCACAAACCCCAAAACCUCCCCAAAACAAGCCAGCCGUGCAACACAGAAGGAAGUGUCUGUUGAGAAAUCCCACCAGACAGGCACCCUGAGUAAUAAAUGUGUGUCCUGCAACAAGCAUGUUCAUUUAGUACAGAGACAUCUAGUGGAUGGGAAGCUGUAUCACAGGAACUGUGCAAGGUCUCUCUUCCCUUCUAGCACAAACUCUCUUGUCCGAGAAUUGCCCCAAACCCCCCCUGUUCCCAAAUACACUCCACAUCUAGACAAUAUUAAAGUCAACACAACUACCCCCACCCCAACCCCCAACAAACUGGGACCUGUAUGGCUCUCCUCAAAGACAGAGAAGUCCAGUCCUUCUCCUUCACAGCCUGCCUCUGUUUUCUCUUCCCCUGGGAGAGGAACUCAGACCACUGUUUUCCACAAACCGGCAUCUACCACUGGAGCCACACGGACUACUUGUGACCCCACAGUCACCACCACCUCUAUCACCUUUAGGCCCAAUGCAAGCCCAAAGACUCCCCGUGAGUCCACAUUAACCACUUCUAUCACCACCAGCCCCAGAGUAACUCCUCAGACCUCUGCCACUGCAGCCAAGACCCAACAAGCCAAGCUCAGGUUCUUACAAACUGGAUCUGAUACUGCUUCCACCAAUGAAGAGAACAAGACUCCAGGGUUGAAUGUAGUUCAUCAGAACCAGGGAGUCCGGCCCGGACAGGCUGUGAGUGUGGUUGUAAAUCUUGGUGGUGUGGGCAGUAAGGAUUUGUGUGUGAGUGGGGUCACAGGUGGGAACGGGGCUAAAGCAUCAGGCUUGGGUGGAGCUUCAGGAAAGCUCUGGUCGAAAGAGGAGAACAGUAGUAGCAGUGGCAGUAAUAGUAAGACUCAGGCAGCAGCAGCCUUCAUCUCCAAGAAACUGACUGAGGAGAACAACAAUAACAACAGUAAGCCCCCAUGGACCACUGGAGCGCUAAAGAAGACUGACAAACCCUCUCAGGUUGAGCCUACCAAGAAGGAGACAGUGGGUAUCAAGGGAAGAGUGAAGCUAAAAGUGAAUCCUUCACUCUUAGCGGACUUAUCAACUCAAUCCACAAUGGAAACUCCUAAAUCAACUCCAACCCCAGGCAGCAGGGGUGGUGUGGGUGCCAGAACUCCAGUGCCUCCCAGUGCCUCAACCAACACUUCAGUGUCAGAGAACAGUGAUUCUCCUGCAGAGUGGAGGUCAAAGCUCAAACCUGUCUCCAAAGAAACAAAACCUGCUGCUCUUUCCCCUCUCGCCUAUAAUAAUAAGCCAACGGAUGUUUCCUCUAAGCCGUGGACUAAUGAAGCAGGGAAGUCCCUGGCAUCAGACUCCAAUGCGGGCCUUUCCACUUCUCAUCCUACCAGCUCCAGCACUCAUGUGACAAUACCACCGUCAAGGGGCUUUCUGAAUGGAGGAAGCUCAUUAACUACAAAUGGUACCAAGCCAGAGCAAAACACCAACAAGAUCAAGCCAGAUUACAUCCCUAAGGAGCAAAUUCUGAAGGAGCUGCAAGAGAUUGAAGACAAUCUGAAUGAGUUGGAAAAGACAGGAGUGGAACUGGAAGUGCGUCUUCGCCGCAGUGAAGAGGAGGGAGAAGACGACUCUGUCAUGGAUGAACUGAUGGUUGAUUGGUUCAACCUGAUCAGAAACAAGCAGGUGGCUAUGCGCCGUGAGUCUGAACUGGUCUACAUAGCAAAAAAUCAGGACCUGGAGGAACAGCAACCCAGCGUUGAACAGGAGCUUAGAAAACUAAUGGAUAAACCAGACCAUCUGAAGACAUCCCGGGACCGGAAGAGAGAAGAAGAGCUGAUGGCCAA